AGAGAGAGAGAGAGAGAGAGAGAGAGCAACAUGAAGGGGAGAACAGUGUUGGAGGUGGGAGCCGAUGGGGUCGCUAUCAUCACCAUAACUAAUCCGCCACUCAAUUUGCUCUCCGUCGACGUUAUGCUCAGCUUAAAAGAGAGCAUUGAAGAAGCAUUGCCAAGAGAGAAUGUGAAAGCAAUUGUGGUAACUGGUUCUGGUGGUAAAUUCUCUGGAGGCUUUGAUGUGUCUGUAUUUGGUGGGAGUGAUGGCAGAAAGGAGAACCAAAAGGUUGGAUUUAUGUCGAUAGAAUUUCUCACCGACGUUUUGGAAGCUGCAAGCAAACCUAUAGUAGCCGCUAUUGGUGGCCCUGCCUUGGGUGGUGGAUUUGAAGUUGCACUGGCCUGCCAUGCCCGGAUAUCAACUUCUACUGCACAGCUAGGCUUGCCUGAGCUUCAGUUUGGGUUAAUUCCUGGACUUGGAGGAACACAGCGGUUGCCACGUCUUGUAGGCCUUACUAAAGCUCUUGAGAUGAUGCUGAUGUCGACGCCUGUGACUGGGCAGGAUGCUCAUAUUCUGGGCCUUGUGGAUUCCGUAGCUCCAACAGAUGAGUUGGUCAACACAGCUCGUUCCUGGGCCUUGCAAAUUUUGGCUCGUAGAAGACCAUGGGUUACUAGUUUGCAUAGAACUGACAAAUUAGAGUCCCUAGCAGAAGCUAGGGCAAUACUAAAGGUCACUAGAUGUCAAGCCCAGGAACAAGCUCCAAAUCUCAGACACCAACUUAUAUGCAUUAAUGUCAUUGAAGAGGGCAUAAUUUCCGGUCCUCGUAUUGGUCUUCUGAAGGAAGCAGAGGCUCUAGAGGACCUUCGGCAAUCUGAAAUCACCAGGAGUUUGGUCCACAUCUUCUUUGCUCGACGUGGAACUUCAAAGAUUGCUGGAAUCACUGAUUUGGGCUUGACACCAAGGAAAGUUAAUAGGAUUGCUGUUGUUGGAGGGGGACUAAUGGGCUCUGGAAUAGCAACGGCAUUGAUUGUAAGUGACUACCAUGUUGUUCUAAAAGAAGUAAAUGAGAGUUCUCUUCUGGAUGGGAUAGGCAGGGUCAAAGUCAAUUUGGAGAGUCAAGUCAAGAGAGGAAAAAUGACACAAGAGAAGAUUGAGAGAACACUUUCUCGUCUGAAUGGUGUUCUCAGCUAUGAUAGCUUUAAAGAUGUGGAUCUAGUCAUAGAGGCUGUAGCUGAAAAUCUCUGUUUAAAGCAACAAAUUUUGUUCGAUAUUGAAAAAUAUUGCCCUCAACAUUCCAUCUUUGCUUGUAAUACCUCUGCAUUUGACUUGAACGCGAUUGGAGAAAGGACAAAAUCUCAAAAUCGGAUCAUUGGGGCCCAUUUUUUCUGCCCUGCCUAUGUAACGCCUCUCCUGGAAAUAGUUCGCACAGAAAGAACCUCCCCCCAAGUAAUUGUAGACUUGCUAGAUGUUGGGAAGAGGAUAAAGAAAACUCCAGUAGUUGUUGGGAAUUGCACUGGCUUUGCAAUUGGGCGGAUGUUCUUCCCUUACUCACAAUCAGCCAUGUUGCUUGUUGAACGUGGUGCUGACGUAUACAGGGUUGAUCACGCAAUUACGAAAUUUGGGAUGCCAUUGGGCCCAUUUAGAGUGGUUGAUCGGGUUGGUUUUGAGGUUGCUAUUGCGACUUCUAACCACUAUGUAAAGGCCUAUCCAGAGAGAGCAUUUAAACCAAUGCUGAUUUCUGUCCUGCAAGAGGAGAACCGAGCAGGGGAAUCUACUCGAAAGGGUUUCUAUUUGUAUGAUGACAAUGGCAAGGCUAGCCCAGAUCCUGACAUACAGAAAUAUGUCGAAAGGGCUCAGAGCACAUCUGACGUUACGUUGAUGAAGUUGUCUGAUGGAGACAUAGUUGAGAUGAUAUUCUUUCCUAUCGUGAAUGAGGCCUGCCGCAUCCUUGCUGAAGGAGUUGCGGUCAAGGCAUCCGACCUUGAUAUUGCUUCUGUACUGGGGAUGGAAUUUCCAGCAUACAGGGGAGGAAUCAUUUUCUGGGCCAAUUCUAUUGGGUCCACAUACAUUUGCUCAAAAUUGAAGGAUUGGUCAAUGACACAUGGAGAUUUCUUCAAGCCGUGUGCUUAUUUAGUGGAACGAGCUGCCAAGGGAGCUUCUCUGGGAGCCUCUGUCGAACAAGCUAACUCUCGGUUAUAAGAUUCAUCAGGUCAAAUAUUCUACAACUGUGCAGUCAAGAAUAUCAAUGAAGGUGAACUGGUAUAAUUGUGCUAAACUACAUUUCCUGUCACCACUUGUCAGUGCUAAUGGCUUCACCGCUGGUCUGGCUUCUUAAGCAGGGAACAACCAUCAUACUUAUGGCUGCUUUAAAAUGAAACUGUUUCUGUGACACUAUCGGCUGUUGAACAGGAUGGAAAAGCCAUUGCUGGUGUUUGACGUGCUUUUGUUGGAGCUUGGAGGUGGUACUAGACUUUAUACACCAUAUGUCUUCCGGCACUAGAGAUGGUAAAUAAUUUUCUGCCCAAGAUAUAUGGUCCUUUCAAUGUGUCUAAUAUUCUAUAUAAGCAACAUUGCGUUAACAACUCUUAUAGGACCACAAACACAUUCACAAAUGUGGUAGGGCCUAUUAUAGAUGGUCUUUUGAAUGUGUAUUUUUGUAUUUACUAUGCUAUGAUUUUUUUUUUUUAAGCUUUC